AUGCGUGCGCAUAAAUUUUGUGAUGUUGUUGAAAUAACAUUACAUUCAAAUGAAAUAUGUGAACAUUUUCAAAGAGAUGCCAUUUGGCUUCCGAAAAUUUGGGUAUAUUGGUAUAAGAAGAAGGUUAUCGCCGGACUUGUUGUGUUAGCCAAUAACGUUACAUCUUUGGUGCAAUCAAUAGUAGCUGUCUCCGAUGAUCAAUUUAACGGUAAUCGAUAG